AUGGCGCAGCCGCGGGCGGGCAGCGGCAGCGACGGGGACGGCGGGCGCGGCGGCAGGUCCAGUGGUGGAGAAAAUGAUGAUGAUUCUGACCAGAACUGGAAACCUCCAGAAAAUGACCUGAUCCAGAAGUUAAUAGCACAGAUUGAAUACUACUUCUCAGAUGAGAACCUUGAGAAAGAUGCCUUCCUCCUAAAGCAUGUGAGAAGAAAUAAGAUGGGCUACGUCAGUGUUAAGCUCCUCACUUCUUUUAAGAAUGUGAAACAACUUACUCGUGACUGGAGAACUACAGCGUAUGCACUCAAGUACUCGGACACUCUUGAGCUCAGUGAAGAUAACAGAAAGGUUAGAAGAAAUACUCCAGUUCCAGUGUUUCCAAGUGAAAGCCACCCUACCAAGAUGUUACUGGUAUAUGACAUCCACCAGGCUCUCAACAAAGAGCAUGAAAAUGGAUUUAUGCAAGAAAAGAUAAUGGAGCAUCUCCUCAAAGCCUUUGUAACGUUUGGUGUAAUUUCAUCUGUUCGUGUUCUCAARCCCGGUAGGGAUCUACCAGCUGAUAUCAAGAGGUUCAGCAGUCGGUACAACCAGAUAGGAACACAGGAAUGCGCAAUUAUAGAAUUUGAAGAAAUCGAUGCUGCCAUACAUGCUCAUGACUUCAUGUGUGCUGCAAAGAGAGAGACUGACAUGAAAGUUGUCCUAAUAGGCAUGAAGCCUCCAAAGAAAAAAGUUCCCAAAGAUAAGAAUCGUUGUGAAGUUUCCACCAAGAGUCACAACAAGGUUAAAUCCCUUAACAAGAGAGUUGAGGAGCUUCAGUUUGUUGGUGAUGAAUCUUCAGCGAAUAGCUCUUCUGACCCAGAGAGUAAUCCUACAUCACCGCUGUCAGGACGUAAAAGUACAGCAACAAGUACCACAAAUAAAUUAAGUCCUAUUAUUCAUCCAAACAACCAUCUGAGUCCUAAUGUGUCACCCAGAUCAAGUCCUUGGAAUAGUCCGUCUUCACUAAGAAAAGCGACCAAAAAGUCUCCGCUUGCUGAAGACAACAAGCUUAACCCAAGCGCUAGCCCUGAAAUUCCAAGGAAAAGCACGGAUUAUUCUUCAGAUAGCAGCAUCACUCCUUCUAGCAGCCCUUGGGUACAGAGAAGAAGACAAGGUCAAACUGUAGCACAAGAGAAGAGUCCAGCGAGUAGCCCCAUGCUUGCUCGCAAAAUACAAAACGCGGAUGGUCUUCCCGUAGGGGUGCUGCGGCUACCCAAAGGGCCUGAUGGCACUAAAGGAUUCCAUUGUGCGUGUGAAAGAAGGAAAGUUGUGACRAAUGAAGCUGUGAAGAAUGUUCUUUAAAAACAGUUCUGUAAGCCAAAUGGCUGCUUUUGUUCAAGCCUGGUGGAAGACUGUCAACUGACAGAAUUAAAUCUGUAUUUAUUUUUAAACAUUUUUGUAUUCCUGCAGAAACUUUAUCAUUAGUGUAUUAAUUAACUGCAUUUUUUAUGUAUUAGUUGGAAAUGCCUAGGCACUGAAACAGGCAUCUAAAGCCAUUCAUGUAACUACAUUAUUUGUAAGCUAUGACCCUGAAGAGUAGGGCGUAGACACUGUUUAGCAGUUGUAUUUUGAUAACUAUGGUAUGUUACCAGUCUAAUCCUAAGGAAUAAGGACUUGAUGGCUUAUGUUACAGAGAGUAGUUCCUCUCGCCUUGCAUUUAUCUCCAAAGACACUAGCUAUGAUUUCCAGGACCAAAGCGUGUGUUUUCCUGUGAUGUGUAUAAGGAUGAUGAGCAUUGAAGACUGUUCUGUAGGU